UGGUGGGGUCGGCCAUCUUUGGAGUUUGGGCUUUCUCAUGGACUCUCUAUUUCUGUCGCGCGUCUCGCCUCCAAGCCAAUUUUCUUGUUUACAAGUACAUAUGGAAAUGGGCUAGCUGCCAUAGAUGCUUCUUUGUUGCUAAAACAAUCCAUGGAGGAGGAAGUAGAGAAUGCUUUUUUUUAUCGGGUACUGCAGGAGGCCAGCCUCUCCCAGAAGCGCCCCGGUGAAACCUGCUCUCAUGGUGUUGAAGAUGAUUGGAGUACGCCUUUUCAGCCGCAACAAAUGGAAUUAUUUCAUUUUCCGAACACCCUCUGGCCUCCAAGCAAUAAUCAACCUGGAAAUAUCCCAAUCCAGCCUAGUGUAAGCACCGCCCAAGCAUCUCAAGCUCCAAACAAUUCCAACGCUUCUCUUUUGAGCAGAACCAAUUCAAAAUUAUCUGAACCAGAUAGAGAUCGGAAAAGGAAAACUGAUAAGAAAUAUCGGGAAAAUUGUAAGAAAGUCAAAGUGGAAAUGGAAUCGAAUUUGGAGGUGCUUAGAGGAGAAAAUAUUUCUUUAAAGAAGGAGAAUGAACGUUUAAAAAAGGAUAAUGCAGUGAUGGAUCAAACCUUGAAAGAUCAAGCAAAAGAGAUUGACCAGUUGAAGAAUAAUCUUUCUCAGCUGAAGCGUGAGUAUGGGAAGCAAAAUGUUCUUGUGCAAACACUUUCAGGGCUUUUAGCCGAUCCACUGCGUCUUGAAAAUGAGAAGCUAAGAGAUGAAAACGCUUCACUGAGGAAGAAUGCCAAUCUUAAUAAUAACUUAUCACUGCUUGAGGAUGAGAAUGCAAGACUGAGAAUAGAAAAUAAAGUCCUUAAGGUGCAGAAUGAUGCUUUAUGUGGGAAGAUAAUAAGUGACAAUGGUAAGAAGUGUGCACAAGAACAGGAAGCUAAAAUAUCAUUAGAAGAUAUGCCCCUGCUGUAGCAAGUACGCGUUCUUUCUCAAUUGACAAUAUGUGUUAUGUUUUAUUUGCUAGCACAGCGUGUAGUGCUUGGUCCAUUCUUUCUGCUUUGAUCUGGUGUGUAAGAUGCUAUGUCGGCAUUGUAGGGGUGGCUCCAUUAUGUUAUCAGUGGAGGUGGUCCUCAAUGAAUUAUUCACUUUGCUGCUGCUGCCUUGUUGCUACCGAAAUGUGCUUGAUCUUAAUUACUCCUUCGAUUCUCAUCUUUGUAUCCAUCUGAUUGGUGCAUGUAUUAUUAUCUUAUACACUACAGGUGUAAUUUACAAACUUUGGUGAAAAUGAAAUUGCUGUAUUAUCUUUUGUUUA